AUGGCCCAGACGCCUCCUCCGCAGAGCCUCCUCAGCCGCGACCACUGGAUCUUCGCCCAGGGCUGGGGCUGGGCCGGCCACUCGGACUCCACGUCUCCAGCCUCCUCCUCGGAUUCUUCGGGUUCGUGCUCCUACGACGGCGCCCGUGGCCUCCCGCAGCCCGCGGGCCUGGACCGCGGCUCCCGAGCCGCAGAGGCAGCCCGGACGACGCCCCGACGAGCACGCUCUGGGUCGGCGAGCGGACAGCGGCAGAGCGCCAGCGAGCGGGAGAAACUGCGCAUGCGCACGCUGGCCCGCGCCCUGCACGAGCUGCGCCGCUUCCUGCCGCCGUCCGUGGUGCCCGCCGGCCAGAGUCUGACCAAGAUCGAGACGCUGCGUCUGGCCAUCCGCUACAUCGGCCACCUGUCGGCCGUGCUGGGCCUCAGCGAGGAGAGUCUACAGCGCCGGCGCCUGCAGCGCGGGGAAGCGGUAUCCCCUCGGGGUUGCCCGAUGUGCCCAGACGGCGGCCCCGCGCAAGUGCAGUCGCAGACGCAGAGGGAGGAGUUGGAGCUGGGGCAGGGGCAGGGGCAGGGGCGCGGGCGGGUAGUCCGCGCCAGGGCGUCCUGGGGUUCCUCGUCCGCCUGCCCCGGAGCCCGAGCGGCGCCCGAACGCCUGGGGAGCGGGGUUCACGACGCGAAUCCCUGGGCGACACCCCCUUACUGCCCCAAGGUACAGUCGCCCCCGUAUUCGUCCCAAGGGACAACCUCCAACGCUUCUCUUUGGACGCCACCCCAAAGCUGUCCCUGGACUCAGUCGUCCCCAGAGCCCCGGAACCCGCCAGCGCCCUGGACAACGCCCCCAGCAACCCUGGAGCUGGCCGCAGUGUACCAGGGUCUCUCUGUGUCUCCAGAGUCCUGUCUGUCGCUGGGAACUCCAUCUCUCCUGCCCCGCCCAUCCUGCCAGAGACUGCAGCCUCAGACCCCCUGGGGGUGCUGGAGCCACAGUACAGAGGUGCUGCCCACCUCGGAGGACCAGGGACCGGGUGCUGCCUUCCAGCUCAGUGAAGCGAGCCCUCCCCAGAGCUCAGCCCUGCGGUUCAGUGGCUGCCCUGAACUUUGGCAAGAAGAUCUGGAGGGGGCCCGCCUCAGCAUCUUCUACUAAACAGCCUCAGCUUCCCUCUUUCCAUCCGGGAAUCAGGGCUGUAGUGUGGCUCCCUCCUCGUUUCGUACUUCAGUGGCUUUUCAUACUUUCCUUUAGCCAAGCCUCCCUUUUUUCAAGUGAUGUCUUGCAGGGAAGCAGUGUUUGAAAUAGAUAGUGGGCAUCUUCCCUGGAUGGAGUCAGGGUGGGGGCAGUGUCUUCCACGGCUAGACACCCCUAGAAUGCCUGGCACUCUGCAGAGCACAGGCUGAGCUGCACUAAAAAGGGGUCUCCUUUACCCCGAAGGCAGCCGGGCUGGGACAGGUGGGAGAAUGGGUGUGGGAGGCAUGCCCCAUGCUCUGCUUCUUGGUGACAUUGGCCUGAGCCCUAUAUGCUGUGAUUUUUUUGUACUUAAAAAGAAAAAACACAACAGAA